GGAGGGGGAGCAGCGGUGGCGCAAGCCGCGCGGAGCAGCGCAGCCCGGGUCAGCUCCCUGCUCCGCCGCCGCCGCCGCCUGCCGCCCCGGCCGGCAGCGCCGGCGCCCCAGCGGCCCCCGGAACACCUCCAGGCGGACGAAGGAGUCCAUGUUGGGGAACUUGGCGGCGGCGUGACGGGGACCUAGGGACCUGCAGUGGGGCCGCCACCGGAGCAAGCACGUCGACCUCGGCCUGAGGAAACCCUUUUUCAAGGAGAAAUGAAGAAGAAAACUGUAUAUACCGUAAAUGUGGGAGAUCAGGAGUAUGAAGAUAUGGAAGGUGAAGAAAACAAAGAUAAUACUGCUACCACUGGUCUGUUGUACAGUGAAGCUGACAGAUGUCCAAUAUGUCUUAAUUGCCUAUUAGAGAAGGAAGUUGGUUUUCCAGAAAGCUGUAAUCAUGUCUUCUGCAUGACUUGUAUUCUUAAAUGGGCAGAGACACUGGCUUCAUGUCCUGUUGACCGAAAACCUUUUCAGGCAGUGUUUAAAUUCAGUGCAUUGGAAGGUUACGUUAAGGUUCAAGUAAAAAGACAGUUGAGAGAAACAAAAGAAAAGAAAAAUGAAAGCUCUUUUAAGAAACAGCUCUCCUGUCAUGAAAAUUCUAAAAGCUGUAUGAGAAAAAAAGUCAUAAGAGAAGAUCUAUUAAGUGCAAAACUUUAUGACUUGAAGAUGAUACAUAGAAAUGCUAAAUACAGUGAAAUAGGAGGAAAGAAAAAUGCAACAAUAAAGAUAGAUAAGCCUCGAAGAUCAAAUCAGUGUACAAGUCAGUGCUUCAGAAAUUUUUUCUCCAAUAUGUUUUCUUCUAAUAGUCACACUGGAGAAUCUUCUUUUACCUGUAGAGCUUACUGUACAGAAUUUAUAGAAGUCAAUGAAAUCAGUGCAUUGAUUAGGCAGAAGAGACAGGAACUGGAAUUGUCAUGGUUUCCUGAUACAUUACCUGGAAUUGGAAGAAUUGAUUUUCUACCCUGGAAUAUUGAAACAGAAGUCCUUCCUCUCAUCUCUUCAAUGUUGCCAAGAGCUAUUUUUCCAACAAGUACCAUAUCUUCAGAAAAUUUUGGUACUUCUUGCAAGGGAUAUGCAUUAGCACAUACUCAAGAAGGAGAGGAGAAGAAACAAACUUCUGGUGCAUCAAACACCAGAGGAUCAAGACGAAAACCUGCAGCAACAGCUCCUACAAGGAGAUCUACACGUAACACGAGAGCUGAAACAGCCAGUCAGUCUCAGAGAUCCCCAGUAUCUGAUAAUUCUGGGUGUGAUGUCCCAGAUAACAGCAAUCCAUCUGUAAGUGUUUCCUCUUCAGCUGAGUCGGAAAAGCAAACAAGACAGGCUCCAAAACGGAAGUCUAUAAGAAGAGGAAGAAAACCACCUUUACUGAAAAAGAAACUUCGGAGCUCUGUACCUCCCCCUGAAAAAUCAUCUUCCAGUGAUUCCAUAGAUGAAGAAACAGCAGAAUCUGACACACCACCUGUGUUAGAGAAAGAGCACCAAUCAGAUAUAGAAAGUAGUAACACUUGUACUGUGCAGAUAGUAGACAGUGAGUCUGCUAAUGGCUUGAGAAGUUGUAGUGAGCAAAGAGAAGAAAGUGAGGAACAUACUGAGAACCAUGGUACAGAAGAACGAGUGAAAUCUUCAUAUUCUGAGUCUUGUGCCCAAGAUCCUCCUGUGCUAGUUGGAGAGGAGGAGGACAUUCAAAAAAUUGAGAAUACAGGUAUAGAGGCUAAUGUUUUGUGUUUAGAAAGUGAGAUUUCUAAAAAUAUUUCUGAAAAAGGAGGUGAUCCAUUGGAAAAUCAAGACCAAAUAUCUGGACCUUCAGAAUCAGAGGUAAAAGCAGAUAUAUGUACAGAUCAUCCUCCAAAUGAUCUUCUGACAUGUUCAGCAUCUGAAAUUGAAGUACAGCAACCUGUACCAAGCCUGGGUGAGUUGCCUGAGAAUGCAGAAUCAGUGGUUAAUGAAGAAAAAGUUAUAGAGAGUCCUGUAGUAGAAAAUAUUGAUCAUGAAGAUUCUACAGUAAAAACAGAGCAGCUUGUAGACAGCCCCAAAGUGGAAUCUUCUGAGGGUGAAAUUAUACAAACAGGGGACAAAAAAUCUAUUGAGAGCUCAGAGGUUCAGUUGCUUGGGCAUGUUGAAACUGAAGAUGCAAAAAUAAUUGCAAUGCAUGAUACUUCAGGGGAUAAAAAUUUCAAUAGCAUUCAAGACUCUGAAAAUAAUUUAUUAGAAAAUAAUGCAAAAUUAGACAAAUCUUUAGAAGAAAAGACUGAAUCUCUGAUUGAAUAUCCCAGAUCUACAGAAUUGCCUAAUAUACACAUUGAACAGAUUGAGAAGCAUUUUAGUGAGGACAAUAACGAAAUGAUACCUAUGGAAUGUGAUUCAUUUUGCAGUGACCAGAAUGAAUCUGAAAUUGAACCGUCUGUAAAUGCUGAUGCUAAACAAUUGAAUGAAAAUUCUGUGGAGCACAGUUCUCAAAAUAACAUGUCAUCUUCUGAUCCCACAAAUGAAAAGGUUGAAACUGUAUCUCAACCAUCUGAAAGCCCAAUAGAUAUGAUGGAUAAAGCCAAAAAGCCUCGUACUCGAAAAUCUAGAUUUCAUUCCCCAUCUACAACUUGGUCUCCCAACAAAGACAUUGCACGAGAAAAGAAACGGUCUCAGUCUCCGUCUCCCAAAAGAGAAACUGGAAAAGAAAGCAGGAAGUCUCGAUCACCAUCUCCCAAGAAAGAAUCUGCAAGAGGACGGAGAAAAUCUCGUUCUCAGUCCCCCAAAAAGGAUAUUACUAGAGAAAGGAGGGGAUCUCAGUCUCGAUCUCCAAAAAGAGAUAGCACUAGGGAAGGCAAAAGAUCUGAAUCACUCUCCCCAAAAAGAGACUCUUCUAGAGAGAACAGAACAUCUCAGUCAAGAGUGAAAGAUUCCUCCCCAAGGGAAAAAUCCAGGUCCCGGAGCAGAGAAAGAGAAAGUGAUAGAGAUGGGCCGAGGAGAGAUCGAGAUAGAGAAAGGAGAACCAGAAGGUGGUCUAGGUCCAAAUCUCGUUCUAGGUCACCAUCAAGAUCUAGAACAAAAAGCAAGAGUUCAUCAUUUGGUAGAAAUGACAGAGAUAGUUACUCUCCUCGGUGGAAGGAAAGAUGGACAAAUGAUGGUUGGAGAUGUCCACGGGGAAAUGAUCGGUACAGAAAGAAUGACCCUGAGAAACAGAAUGAAAAUACAAGGAAAGAAAAAACUGACAUCAGUCCAGAUGCUGAUGAUCCAAAUUCUGCUGACAAACAUAGAAAUGACUGUCCCACUUGGGUAACAGAAAAAAUAAAUUCUGGACCUGAUCCAAGGACCAGAAAUCCAGAAAAGUCAAAAGAUUCUCAUUGGGAAGAAAAUAGAAAUGAAAAUUCAGGGAAUUCUUGGAAUAAAAACUUUGGUUCAGGUUGGAUGUCUAACCGUGGUAGAGGUCACCGUGGCAGAGGCACUUACAGAGGCAGUUUUGCCUAUACAGAUCAAAACGAAAAUCGGUGGCAAAACCGAAAACCCCUCUCAGGGAAUUCAAAUAGUUCAGGGAAUGAGUCUUUCAAGUUUGUGGAACAGCAACCCUAUAAACGCAAGAGUGAGCAAGAGUUCUCAUUUGAUACACCGGCAGAUAGAUCAGGGUGGACAUCUGCUUCUAGUUGGGCUGUGAGAAAGACUCUACCAGCAGAUGUCCAAAACUAUUAUUCACGACGAGGGAGGAAUUCUUCAGGUCCACAGUCCGGAUGGAUGAGACAAGAAGAGGAAACAACUGAACAGGAUUCUAACCUUAAAGACCAAACAAACCAACAAAGUGAUGGUUCUCAGCUACCUAUAAAUAUGAUGCAACCACAAAUGAAUGUAAUGCAGCAACAAAUGAAUGCACAACACCAGCCUAUGAACAUCUUCCCAUAUCCAGUGGGUGUUCAUGCUCCUUUGAUGAACAUCCAACGUAAUCCAUUUAACAUUCAUCCUCAGCUACCCUUGCAUCUGCACACGGGAGUGCCUCUCAUGCCGGUAGCUGCUCCUACCAGUGUAACUCAGGGACUGCCACCACCACCACCCCCUCCCCCACCAUCCCAAGUCAACUACAUUGCUUCACAGCCAGAUGGAAACCAAUUGCAGGGUAUUCCUAGUGCUUCUCAUGUAAGUAAUAACAUGAGUACACCAGUCUUGCCUGCUCCAACAGCAGCCCCAGGAAAUAUGGGAACAGUUCAGGGACCAAGUUCUGGUAAUACUUCUUCAUCAAGUCACAACAAAGCCUCUAAUGCUGCUGUAAAAUUGGCAGAAAGCAAAGUAAGUGUUACAGUGGAAGCCAGCGCAGAUAGCUCGAAGACAGACAAGAAAUUGCAAAUUCAAGAAAAAGCAGCACAGGAGGUAAAAUUGGCCAUUAAGCCAUUUUACCAAAAUAAAGAUAUCACCAAGGAAGAAUAUAAAGAGAUUGUACGGAAAGCAGUAGAUAAAGUUUGUCAUAGUAAGAGUGGAGAAGUAAAUUCUACUAAAGUGGCAAAUCUGGUUAAAGCUUAUGUAGACAAAUACAAGUAUUCACGGAAGGGAAGCCAAAAGAAAACUCUGGAAGAACCUGUUUCUACUGAAAAAAACAUAGGCUGAAAUGGGGAGCACCGUAAAAGACACUAUCAAGAUAUCUGCAAAGUGCAAUUUCAACAUGUACCUUUAACUAAAAAUCAUACAUAACUGUGAUUGAAAUUUGGUUUUGAUAAAAUUAUUUUUUUUAAUGUAGGAUAUAAUGUUUUGUUCUAAGUAAAUAUAGUUCUGCACUGCAACUUCUAUAUCAUUUCCCCCCCCCCCCCAAAUGAAAGAAAAUCCUAGGGAAAGUAAAGGGUUAAAGGAAUGUGCGUUUUUACUACGACUGUGUUACAGUGUGGAUACUGGAAGAUGUACAGCUUUUUGAUUUGAACAAUGAAGUGCAUAAAUUAGCAACUUCUAAGUGCACUGGUUUGGAAGAUAGAUAUAUAUAUAAUACAUUUAUUCUGUCAGGCUAAAAAUAAAGUAUGAUCUUUAUGAUUUUUCUCUCUAAUUAUAGAAAGUUAAAUAAUGUAUUACCAUGAAAAAUAUUUCUAAUAACAGAACAUACCAAUUGCAGGGUUCCUAAUGUGUAUUUUUAAAGCACACAUCUGAAUAAAUUGUUUAGAUAGAAAACAAAUUAUCACGAGUCAAAUUCAGUGUUCAAAACUUUGAACACUGUUCACCUAUUGUAUCACCAAAUAAAGGUUAUGCUGCUUGU